AUGAGCUCUUACUUUGUAAACUCGUUCUCAGGGCGCUACCCAAAUGGCCCCGACUAUCAGUUACUAAAUUAUGGGACCGGCAGUUCCAUGAACGGUUCUUACAGAGAUUCAAGCACCAUGCAUUCCAGCUCUUAUGGCUACAACUACAAUGGGAUGGACCUUAGCCUCAACCGCUCGGCCUCCUCCAGUCACUUUGGGGCCGAGAGCUCCCGCGGUUUCCCUUCUCCAGCUCAGGAGAGCAGGUUUAGACAGGCGUCCAGCUGCUCCUUAUCUUCUCCCGACUCCCUGCCCUGCUCCAACAGCGAGAGCCACGGAGGCAAACCCGCCCCGUCCCCCUCCGAGCCGGCUCCUGCUGCCAGCAGCACAAAUUUCACAGAACUAGACGAGACCAGCGCGUCCUCGGGAGCCGACGAGGGCACUCCACUAAGCAGCAGCAUCCCCCGAGCGCAGGCAGAGCCCAUCGCGACCUCCACGGCAGCGCCAGAGGGGCAGGCACCUCAGAUAUUCCCUUGGAUGAGGAAACUUCACAUUAGCCAUGACAUGACUGGACCAGACGGGAAGAGGGCGAGGACAGCGUACACUCGCUACCAGACCCUGGAGUUGGAAAAGGAAUUCCACUUCAAUAGAUAUCUCACCCGCAGGAGGAGGAUCGAGAUCGCUCACGCGCUCUGCCUCUCCGAGCGCCAGAUCAAAAUCUGGUUCCAGAACCGGCGCAUGAAGUGGAAGAAGGAUAAUAAACUGAAAAGCAUGAGCCUGGCCUCGGCGGGCAGCGCCUUCCAGCCCUAAAAACCCUCCAGGAGAGAGGGGGGAAAGGAAAAAAUAA